UCUGUCGCGCGUUUCCUGCUGUAGCCCUGGAAGUUCCGACGCUCCCUGAACGCGUCCUGCUCUGAAGUUAGAAGUGCGGCAGGUUCGAGUCUUCCGCUGCGUCACGCUUCUGUUGCUCAACAACCGAGUCCGAGUCAGACCCGUUCAGGCUGGUUCCGGUUCCGGAGAGGUUCUGGCGGAGUUCUCACUGUCUCCCAGAACCGAACCGGACUGAGUUCUUCCGAACUUGGCCGCGCUGAGGAACCCAGGAAGGAGCGUCUCUGAGGCGGAUGUGGAACAAUGAGCCCCGCCGCCUGACAGACCCGAAGGUCUGGAUCCCCGGAACCAGGACCCGGUUCAACUAAAGCAGAACAAGAACCAGAACCAUGGGGACCCAGGGGACAGGAAGGAAGAGGUCCACCAAGAAGGACCGCUCCACCGCGGAGGACGAAGCUCUGGACCGGAUCGCCAGAGAGGCGGAGGCCAGGCUGGCAGCCAAGAGGGCGGCGAGGGCGGAGGCCCGGGAGAUCCGGAUGAAGGAGCUGGAGCGCCAGCAGAAGGAGAUCUUUCAGGUGCAGAAGAAAUACUACGGUCUGAACCCCGGGCUGGACGAGCGGGCUGACAGUAAAUGGGGAGACAUAGAGCAGUGGAUGGUAGCGCCUCUGUGCUGUGAUGACAAACUGCUUCCUGUUAACAGUGCUGAGGACAGUGAGAAGUUCUCGCGUUCUUCCCGGAUCCACGCGCUUUCCGAUGACGAUGAGCGGAUGUCGGUGGGAAGCCGCAGUAGCGUCCGGUCGGACCUGGACUCUGUGGGGGCCUACGGUGGAGGGGGUUCCGCUCUGCAGCACAAAGCAAAGAAGAAGAAGAAGCAUAGGCACAAGGACAGAACUGUAUGUAGACAUGGUUUCAGCGAUGAUGGCGGCGAGCUCUCCUGCAGGAGCUCCAGACUGAGCGAUGAAGGUCAGAUGUCUCGGUCCAGACUGGACCUGCAGCCGGCGUCUCAUGCCUCCUUGGACCUGUAUGGACUCAGCGGUCCGUCCUCUUCCAGAACCUCCAGCUUGUCUUUUGCUGGUUAUCAGGGUUCUGUCCAUGAAGACAGUCUGAGUCUGUGCAGCGGGUCCCGCAGAGCCUCCGGCUCCGGGUCGCACCCUGUAGAGUACAGCAGCUACCGCAGCUCCAGAGCUUCCAGCAGAACCAGUUCGGCCCGGACCAGCCCAGUGGUGGAGGACAGAGACUACCUUGUAAAGGGACCUCGAGCAGCGUCGGCCCUCACGGCCGCCACCCUCACCUCCUUAGGAGGCACGUCGUCCCGCAGAGGGAGCGGAGAGACGGCUCUGACCGUGGACGCCGAGAGCUCCAUCAGGGAGAUCAAGGAGAUCCAUGAGCUGAAAGAUCAGAUUCAGGACGUGGAAGCAAAGUACCUCCAGAACCUGAAGGAAGUGAAGGAUGCAAUGGCAGAAGUGGAGGAGAAGUACCGCAAGGCCAUGGUGUCCAACGCCCAGCUGGACAACGAGAAGAACAACCUGAUGUACCAGGUGGACACGCUCAAAGACUCUCUGAUGGAGCUGGAGGAGCUGCUCUCAGAGUCACGGCGGGAAUUCGACGAAAAGGUCAAGGACUUGGAGCGGCAGAGACACGCCCACAGCGUCCUUCAGUUCCAGUUCAGCGAGAUGAAGCAGACGCUGCAGCAGAGCGAGGAGCUGCUGAACGAGAUCCGUCAGCUGCGUCUGAAGCAGGAGGCGCAGCGUAGAGAGAUCGGCGACCUGCAGGAGACGUUGGAGUGGAAGGAGAAGAAGAUGGGGGCGUUAGAGCGCCAGAAAGAAUACGCAGACGCCAUCCGCCUGGAGCGCGAUGAGCUCAGAGAGGAGGUGGUGCAGCUGAAGGAUGUUCUGAAGAAACACGGAAUCGUCCUGGGUCCCGACCUGAGCAUCAACGGUGAGGCCGGACCGUCGGACGCUAUGCGCUCUCCUGGCGAGGAGUCGCUUUCCCAGACGCCUCCGGAUUCCCAGACGUCUGCGGCUGAAGGGAACAGCGUGCUCGGAGGCACAGAGGAGGAGGUAGAGCAAGAGGAGCAGCGAGAAUCUCUGGAGGAUGACCAAGAAAAUAAGUUCAUGGUUGAUGUUGAAGGACCUCCAAAGGAGCAGAAGACAUCCUUACCCUCUGAGGUCCACAGUCACCUCCAAAGUGCUUCAGCCUCUAAAGCUAGCGUCAUUGUCAGCCAUGACUUCCAGGAGAUUCAGGAGUCUGAAGGAAAUGUUCCCCAGACAGAGAAAUGUGAGCAGGGUCACUCCAAAGGUCACCCAGAGGAACAUGAAACCAACCCUUCAGAAGGUCAAGAAAGCAUGGUGGACAUCGGCGAGGGAGGCGAUGCUCCACAGCCUCAGGAAACUCUUGGACAAGCUGUUACAUCGGAACAUCUGGUCGAGGAAUACGUCCCGGUCGGAUCAAACACAGAACCGUUACAAGAACCAGAGGAGCCCGAGAACCGGGAGGCUGAGGAAACGGCGAGUAAACCCCAGUCUCAGAUUUCCACAACUUCAGCAAAAAAGAAGAAGAAGAAGAAAAAAGGAAAGAAGAAAGGAACUCAUGAAAACAAAGACCAACAAAGACCUGGAACCGAGAAGGAAACGGGCCAAACAGAUUCAGUGGUGUGUACCGACGGGCCCGCAGCAGAACCUGGAUCUGUUGGGUCCAUCUCUGAGUCUGGUCAGGGCAAUCCAGAACCGGAACAAGUGGAUGCUGCUAAAUGCAGCGAAACUUUUUCUCUCAAGGAGAAUCUGCACGAACCGAACCCAGAUCAUGACAACAAGGAAACUAUGAAUACCCAGAAUCUAGAAGCUGAAGUUCUGGAACCAAGCAAGAAGCUCCUCAAAGAAAUCAGAGCUGGGCAUCAUGAGGACCCAAAGGAUGAGGAAAAACCUGCAGAACCAAAGAGUCUGGAAUAUGAGGCUCCAGACAAUCUCACUGAAGGUUCUUCUCCUCUCAAGCACCAUAAGGAAUCCAGAAUGGAGAAGGAAUGUUCUAGAUUAACCAGUCAUGAUCCAGAGGGCAGUCUUCUAACGUCUAAGGACAGCAGGUCACCUUUGAAUGAAGAUGCCUCCAUCAGAGAGGACAUCCCAGGAGUCCCGCAAUCAAGCCCAGAUCAGUUCUCGGAUGAGGAGGAACAAGGAGAUGCUCUGGGACCUUCAGAAACAUCUGGUCUCACUGAUUCAAGGUUGGAGCUUUCAGAAGAUGAACAGAGUCAGGGAAGAUCUAGAGAAGCAGACAAACCGGAACCCAAGGAACCGACUAAAGGAUUCCUCCAAGAUGAUCAAGUUGCGGAAUCUGUACCAGAGUCCAGAAUGGUUGGAGACGAUGGCAGAGUCACUGCAGAAGAGGAUGUUGCCAUAGAAACCCCUGAUACUUCUAAUGAAACCAGAGUAGAUCUUCUUAAGGUGGUCCAGAGCCAUGAAGAAAAACCUGAUUCAGUAACGGAAAUCCCAAAAUGUUCCUCAGAAGUUGGAUCAAUGAGUGAACCUGGUGAGGCUGACCCUAACCCUAUGGGUGAAGAAGAUUUGAAGCCAUCAGAUGAAAAAGAGACGGAACCUCCAACCAGUCCUGAUGCAGAAGGAAACCCCCCGAAAUCUGGUGGCAUUCCUGAUUCUCCGAGUGGAGAAGACUCGUCACGAGGCACGAGUGUGAAAAACAUCCACAGCGAGUUGGAACCUGUGGAUGGAGAUGAAACGAUGACUACCAACCCUGAAGGUAUCUCGGAGUCCUUUAGAGAAGAAGAUGGUGUCCCUGAAACACGCGUUCCUGAAGGUGAUGAAGUUCCUGCUGAGUCAGAAUCUACUGAUGGUUCCAAGACUGACCAGGAUGAGGACUCCAAAGAUGAGCCCAUAGACUCAUCAGCUGGGAACAUCUGCAGCCCCUCCAGGAAGGAACCCAGAGAGCGUCCUGAGGAGGCAUCUGAGCCAGACCAUGGAGAACCAAAGACCUCUGGAGAUGAUGAUCCACAGAUGGAAGAAGGCAGUGCAGAGAACCAAGAGUUGAAUGAAGAACCAGAAGAUCCGCGGGAAGAGGGCAGAGAAGAGGGUGUAGAUCUAACUAAAACAGAUGCUGAGGCUGCUUCUAGUAGGCCUCCUAAAGAGGACCAGACAGAGUUCUCAGAGGAGUUGAAAGGUUCUCCUGCACGUCCAGAACCAGAAGAUAAUCCCAACAACAAGGAAAUCAAACCCUCACCAUGUCCUCCAGUAGAGCAGAUCAAUAAGUCAGUAGGAAAACCUGAAAGUGGCGCUUCAUCUCCACUCGCUCAUCUGAACAGCGAGGAGGAGGAGGAGGAAGAUGAGGGACAGUCUUUUGAUUUCGAUGACUCAGACUUAGAAGCAGCUGUUGCAUCUGCUCAAUCCAACCAACCUGAACCAGCAGACGUUGAGGAGCAAACUACGGCCAAAGUGGGUGAAGUCAACGGGAACGGUCCGGAGCUUUUCCAAACUACGGUGGAAACUAACGGAAGAGAUGAUGAGAAGUUUCCUGAGGAGGACGCUAAGGAGGCCAUUCUAUUGGAAGAAGGAGCAGAACCUCAGAACUGUCCUCGGCGUGGAGACGCUAUACCUGAAACCCUGGAAGAUGUUACAGAGUGCAUCCAGCAGGAGGCGUCCUCUGCAGUAGAGCUGGGAGUGGACGCAGCGGAGCUGACUACGGAUUCAGGAAAGAUUCCAGAACAAUCCAUCCAGUCAGGGAAGGAUUCCAAGAAGAAGAAGGGCAAAGGAAAGGGCAAGGAGGACUGUAAGAUGGCUUAGUCAGCAAAUGCCGGGGGGGGGGUUCUAGAGCUGGAACAUCCAGACCUGCAUCAGUUGGGAUGGCUUCAGUGGUGACAUUGGGUGGUUUGCAGUCUCAGAGGGGGGAGGAGCUUCCUUCAGCAUGGACAGCAUCAUUGCGGGGCGGGUCGGGGGGGCGGCAGCAGCUGCUGGACUUUAAAUAAUAAUAAUAAUAAUAAUAAUGGAACUAAAUGAAUCUCUCGCUCAUCCAAGACCUCCCUGCUCCUUCCACAUUAAAUUCCCUGGUUGGCCUCCUCUGGUCUGCAUGUGGGCCAAAUCCAGCCAGAACUGGACCAUCAACAGGUCCGAGUCAGUAUCUCUGGACGUCUUUGAACCAACAGGUUUCUGGUGACUCCUGGACAUCAGCGGUUUGGACCGGUACCACCGUCCUCCAUUGGUUCUGCAGCACCACUGAUGGACUAUCACUGUUUUUAUGCAGCUCUUAAAUGUUCUUUAUCUUUGUAACACAAACAGUGUUUUUCUGGUCAAUGUUUCUUCCAAAGCAGCUUUUAAAGGUUUUAUCUGUCAGAACCAGGAUGAGGUUUGGACUCUACCGGGUCCCAUCAGAAUGUUUUUAAACAUCUUUGCAUCUUGUUGCACUAAAAUGGUUGAAUCCUGCUGUUUGAAACCCAGAUCUAAAUAAACCUGGAAUGAAGACG